AUGCCGCUCGCACCUCCAUCCUUAAAGCUCAAGCCAAACAGUCCCACUAUGCCAACUCCCACCGCAAAGAUAUACGCUUCAAGGCUGCUACUUCCCUGCCAGCAACGUUUCACCCUCCGCCCAGCAUCCUCCCUCCCUACGCCCAGCUUCCUCCCUUCCUCCGCCCAGCUUCCUCCCUCCCUACGCCCAGCUUCCUCCCUCCCUACGCCCAGCUUCCUCCCUCCCUCCGCCCAGCUUCCUCCCUCCCUCCGCCCAGCUUCCUCCCUCCCUCCGCCCAGCUUCCUCCCUCCCUCCGCACAGCUUCCCCCCUCCCUACGCCUAGCUUCCUGCCUCCCUCCGCCCAGCUUCCUCCCUCCCUACGCCCAGCUUCCUCCCUCCCUCCGCCCAGCUUCCUCCCUCCUUCCGCCCAGCUUCCUCCCUCCCUCUGCCCAGCUUCCUCCCUCCCUCCGCCCAGCUUCCUCCCUCCCUCCGCCCACUAGCCCACCCUCCUUCUGCAAUGCUUCCCCCAUCCCUCUGCCCUGCUUCCCUCCGCCCUCCGUCCUGCUUACCCCCACCCUCUUAGAGGCCGCUCCAAUCCCUCCCCAUGUGCCUCUCCAUUUUCUCCCCAUGUGGCUGCGCAGCGAGGAGGGGGGAUGCACGCGCAACAGUGGGGCAGCACAACAGAUUCGUGUGCAAGCUCAGUGA